UUCAUCAUCUUCUUCCUUCUCAUCAUUUUACCCAGAAAAAAACAAUUCCAAAAACAUCUCCACCCAAAGAUUCUCACUUAAAAAACAACCCAAUUAAUCUUUUCAUCUUUUCUAUGAUGCAUCUUCUUCUGUCAGAGACUAAAAUGCAGAUCAACAUUUCCCCUGAACCUGAAACCCCUCACUCUUUCUCUCUCCACAUUCUACAUCUAAUUACAAAACAAAAUAGAAGGAUAAUUCAGUGGUAUAUACUAUUAUGAGGGAGAGACGCAUCACCAGAAGGAAGAUAAUCAAAUUUUAUGAAACCCUCUCGUUUCUUCCCUCUCCCUUUAUGAUAUUGCCAAUACACCUGGUGUUGCAGCCGAUGCCAGCCACAUCAACACUAGAUCUGAGUGAGAAAUGGGGGUUGUUGCUGGAGAAGGGCUAGUCAAAUGGGAGAAGAUGGAAGGAGUGGGUGGCUGUGAAGAGAAAAUUCUGGUGUUAGUCAGGCUGAGGCCUUUGAGUGAGAAGGAAACUGUUGUGAAUGAAGUGGCAGAUUGGGAAUGCAUCAAUGACACUACCAUCUUAUACCGAAACACACUCCGGGAAGGUUCCACAUUUCCCAGUGCCUACACAUUUGACAGAGUAUUUCGGGGUGAUUGUUCCACCAAGCAGGUAUAUGAGGAAGGGGCCAAAAACAUUGCUCUUUCAGUUGUUAAUGGGGUUAACUCAAGUAUUUUUGCAUACGGGCAAACAAGUAGUGGAAAGACAUACACGAUGAUUGGAAUAACUGAAUAUGCUGUAGCAGAUAUUUUUGACUACAUAAACAAGCAUGAAGAAAGAGCAUUUGUAUUGAAGUUCUCAGCAAUUGAAAUUUACAACGAAAUUAUUAGCGACCUCCUUAGCACUGAGAACACUCCACUAAGGUUGCGUGAUGAUCCUGAGAAAGGACCUGUCAUAGAGAAACUUACUGAGGAAACUCUACGGGACUGGGUGCAUUUGAAAGAGCUAUUAUCAUUCUGUGAAGCACAAAGACAGGUAGGGGAGACAUACCUCAAUGAAAAGAGUUCUAGAUCACAUCAGAUUAUCAGAUUGACAAUUGAAAGUUCUGCCAAAGAAUUUUUAGGUAAAAGCAACUCAGCCACCCUGGCAGCUAGUGUGAAUUUUGUUGAUUUGGCAGGGAGUGAGCGUGCAUCUCAGGCAUUAUCAACUGGGUCUAGACUGAAAGAAGGUUGUCAUAUAAACCGGAGUUUACUCUCUCUUGGAACGGUCAUUCGUAAGCUUAGUAAGGGAAGACAAGGAUACAUUAAUUACAGAGAUUCUAAGUUGACACGCAUACUGCAGCCUUCCUUAAGUGGAAAUGCUAGAACAGCCAUCAUUUGCACUUUAAGUCCUGCACGGAGCCAUGUCGAGCAAACUAGGAACACACUUCUUUUUGCUUGUUAUGCAAAAGAAGUGACUGUUAAAGCACAGGUAAAUGUAGUGAUGUCUGAUAAGGCCUUGGUCAAGCAGCUGCAGAAAGAAGUGGACAGAUUAGAGAGUGAGUUGAGAAUUCCCGGUCCUCCUUCCACCAACUGUGAUUGUGCAGCAAUGUUGAGAAAGAAAAAUCUUCAGAUAGAAAAGAUGGAGAAAGAGAUUAGGGAGCUAACCAAGCAACAUGAUCUUGCUCAAUCUCGUGUUGAGGAUUUGCUGCGCAUGGUUGGAAACAAUCAGAAAUGUGGACAAGAAAGGGUAGAUACCUGGGAAGAUGACAAUUCUGUGUCAGAGUCAUCAAGCAUUUAUCACCCUCAUUUGCGCAUUAAAGAAUAUCAUAAUCCUCACUAUAAUGAAGACAGCAUAAGUAAUCCUGAUGAAAACGCUGAUGAUGAAUCCUGCAAAGGAGUUCAAUGUGUUGGGUUGGAGGAAUCAAGUAGAGAUGACCUGGAAUACCCUGACCCUUCAGCAAGUUACAAUGGAGUGUCAGCAUUGCCAUUGCUUGAAGUCGAAAAUAUAAUAGACCAGGAACAUAGGGAAGGGAUACAGAACCAAGACAAUUCAACAUAUAGUGUGCAUGAUCAAAGACCCCAUGAUGCACAAUUGAGUAAUGAAUCUCUUGGAUGUUCUUACCCUGAUGAACAAUCUCUACAGGCUAUGUCAGCAUCAGUGUCAAAUUUUAGGAAUCUUAAAUUAACAAGGAGCUGGAGUUGUAGGGAACAUUACACGACAAGUUCUAGUGAGAAAGAAGGAGAAAUAGAGAGGACUCCAGCCAUUGAUUUUGAAAGAUGCUUCCCUGGAAGACCAGAUGGUUUGCGGAGAAAGUUCCUUCCAUUAACUUAUGAUUCUCCCUCAAAAUUGUCUAUGAAUGGUUCCCCAUCUUCAAGGGGAAGUCCUUCUGUGGAUGAGUUAAGAACCGACAGUAUCAGAACAACUGCAAGUGGGGAUAUAACUAGCAUCCAAACUUUUGUCGCCGGGAUGAAGGAAAUGGUUAAACUAGAGUAUGAGAAGCAGUUUGUUGAUGGUCAGGAUCAGCAGACAGAGGUAAAAACAUAUCACAAGAGUAUGAAAGAUAUAGGUGUAGAUCCAAUGUUAGAGGCAGCUGGGAGUCCUUUAGAGUGGACUCUAAAAUUCAAGAAGCAGCAAAAAGAGAUAGUUGAACUGUGGCAAACCUGCAGUGUCUCAUUGUUCCACAGGACCUACUUCUUUCUUUUGUUCAGGGGUGAUCCAACUGACUCUAUUUACAUGGAGGUGGAACUUAGAAGACUAUCUUUCCUCAAAGGAAAUCAGACUGAGAAGGGUGGUCAGACAGUCACAUUAACUUCAAGUGUGAAGGGUCUUCGUCGGGAGAGAGAUGUGCUUGCGAAGCUCAUGCAGAAAAGAUUAACAGAGGAAGAGAGGAAAAAUCUGUUCAAGAAGUGGGGCAUUGCAUUGGAUUCAAAGCGCAGGAGGAUGCAACUGGUGAACCGGUUAUGGAGCAACACUGAUAUCGACCACAUCACGGAGAGUGCUGCCAUUGUCGCAAAGUUAGUCAGGUUUAAAGAGCAAGGUAAGGCCUUGAAGGAGACAUUUGGACUUAGCUUCACACCCCAGCACUCACGUCGGAUAUCACAUUCCUGGAAAAGUAGCAGGGUGUCUCUGUUUUAGGCCUUGUGUUCAUUCUUUUAUCAAUGGAAAUGGAACAAUCGCCUCCAUGGACUAGAGAGAUUGAAUGAAUUGUAUUGUAUUAUAUUAUAUUAUAUAACCUCACCGUUAUGUUAGUAAAAAACAAACUGAAUCCGCCUAUAUGUUCCUGGUGUACUCCUAACACUUAAGGAAUGUGAUAAUGCCUGUGAAUUUUCAUCCUUAAA